AUGUUGAACAAGAUUUUUAUAGCUUUAACUGUAUCUUUCUGCAGUUUGAGCUUUUCGCAAGCUGCAGAAGCGGAUUGGGAAGUUUUAAACUUUGCUAUUACAAAUCCUGACCAAUCAGAUCCAGCUGUUGUUAAAAAUUCGGUUUUAAACAUUAUAAGCAGUUUUGCACCAUCAAUUCAAAAUUCUCGUCAAGCUACACCAACCCCAUCCCCAUCACCAACACCAACUCCAACUCCUAGUCCUACAAAUUCUCCUGGCAGUCUAUUCCCUAACAUACAAUUUGUUACGAAACCUCCACCACCAUCAAACAAUCUCAAGCCUAAUGUAGGAACACCACCAGGACCUUAUCCACUUCCAUAUCCAAUCUUCAUUUCACCAAGUGGUCAAAUUAUUCGACUCCCUAUCGAAACUGAGAAAAAGCCAAAACCAACACAGCCUCCACCAUGUCAUUGCACUACACCUUGUAAUCAUCCAACGAAGAAGCCAAAUCUUGCGGAAUUUAUUGUCGAUGUGCCAUGUCCCACAUCAACAGUUAAGCCACCAAAAACGAGAGAAAUUAUUGUCAAAGUUCCAUGCCCGAAAACUACAAAGAAACCACCACCAGCAUGUGAAUGUCAAUGUUGUCCUUGCAAUCCUUGCAAACCUCACAAGAAACAUUAUAAACAAGAAGCUGUAAGUGAAGAAUCGAUUGAAGAAGAUACACAAACCAUCUACAAAUCUUAUGAACCAGUUAUGAAGAAGUUUGGAGAAGCCAAAAUGAAUGACAUGGUGAAAAGUCGUCCAAUGUCUUACCAUCCAAAAGGAAGCUACAAGCGAACUUAUGUCAAUAACGACGCUGACAUAGAAGAAAUUUACAUGAAAUAAUUUCUCAAUCGAUUAAACUAAAUAAUAAAAAGUUAAAUAAAUUAUUCAAUGA